AUGGGGUUCAGUAAAGAUAUGUCUGUGACUAACCCUGAUCAAACUCAAGGCAUUGUUUUCAACAUCACUGUGAAGUAUAUUACAAAUAGUGAAAAAAGUUCCCAUGGCACGCAAAUCAGAAAUUCUAAAAGACGACGGCGGAUUGACCGAAGCAUGAUUGGGGAGCCGACAAACUUUGUUCACACAGCUCAUGUAGGAUCAGGAGAUCUAUUCAGUGGAAUGAAUUCGGUCAGCUCAAUUCAGAACCAAAUGCAGUCCAAGGGAGGCUAUGGGGGUGGCAUGUCUGCAAAUGUUCAGAUGCAGCUUGUAGAUACAAAGGCAGGAUAACCUUGGGGAAACCUUUCCAGUUUAUGUGAGUUCCUGUAUCUUCUUUCCUGUGUCCCCUCUUUUGCCUUGGUGACUGCUUUCUGUGCUCAUGAGAGAAGUGAUGGCUCAUUGUUCACCCUUUGUGAUUACUCCAGUGAAAAGUUGCUGUUCUGCUCUGAUGACGCCAUUUAUCAGAUUAGUCCGACCGUGCCUUUCAGUGGCAUGCACACAUUGGCCUCUACCAGUAUCAUGGACAUAGAGCUGUUUAGGAUUGUUUUUAGCUUUUUGUUGGUUGUAAGGCAAAUUAAAGCACCAACCUUAGCUUCCCUCAUCCCUCACAAAUAGUAAUGCGCAACAUUCUGUUGCUUUUUAGUCUUUAAAUCUUUUCUCCACUCAAAAUUUCUAAAGUAAUUUAGAAAUGAGUGAGUUUCCAUUAAUGUCUUCAAUCAUCUGUUGUUCAUACCCAUUUUUGAAAGGUCUGGGACCUGCAAGCACAAACGAUUAUUUCAUACAAAAUCAGCAGAGUAGAUGACCGCAUGCUUUGUGAGGUUGCUUUGUAUGGUGGCCUGCUUGGUGCUAGAAGAAAAAAAAAAAUUGCUUACUGCAGACUGGUGAGAAAUUUUGCUGUGGCACCAAGUUAUGCCUGUUUCUGAAAAAGGACUUGUAACUUAGCUGCUUCAGAGUUAUGUCUUUAUUUUAGUUUUUAUCCAGCUGGUCUUGAAAUAAUAAAGAGAGAGCUUGCAUUCAUGAGGCAUUUGUUGUAAAUGUUGAGUAUAUUUAUUUUGAAAGAGCUGACCUUGAGACUGUAAACCAGUGUA